AUGGCUUGGCGUUCGAAGGGUUUGAAUAAUGCGGAUCUCAUCCGGCAGCUGCAGGAGUAUAACAUCAUCAAGUCGGAAGCGGUAGCGCAGGCAAUGCUAGCCACCGACAGGAAGCAUUACGUGCCGGAAAAUCUACACCCGUACACCGAUACACCGCAACGGAUUGGACACGGUGCCACUAUAAGUGCACCGCACAUGCAUGCCCACGCGCUGGAGCUCUUGCAGCCGUACCUGAAGCCGAAUAGUAAGGUGUUGGAUGUUGGGUCGGGAUCGGGCUAUUUAACUGCCUGCUUUGCCCGCUUCAUCCACCAGGAACCGACGGCAACUGGAUUCGCGGUAGGGAUCGAACAUCAUCCGCGGCUGGUUGAGCUGGGCCGUAAAAACAUCGGCAAGGACGAUCAAUCGUUGAUCGAUUCGGGUAAAAUUAUACUCGUUGAGGGUGACGGCCGGCUAGGACAUAAGGAACAUGCACCGUACGAUUGUAUACAUGUCGGGGCAGCUGCACCUGAAACACCGCAAGAGCUCAUCAACCAGCUAAAACCGGGAGGCCGACUAAUUGUACCGGUCGGCCCGGAAGGUAGCACACAGUAUCUACAGCAGAUCGAUAAAGCGCUGGACGGGCAGAUCACCAAUACGAAGCUGAUGGGUGUGAUGUACGUACCGCUGACGGACCUUCACACCUGAUGCUGCAGCGUGCCGAGGCUUCGCAACGUGCUGGCAAGACUGGCGGUUCUAUUUAUAAUUUGUCUGCUCGCGUACACGAUUGUAAAGAGGUUUUUCU